AUGUCACAAGACCUCUUCAAAUGCACCAAUCUUUCUCUCCGCUCUCUCACUAUGAAGCAGCCUCAACCGCUGUUUCACCUCUUCUUCCUUCUCCUAAUAGCCACCGUCUCUUCAUCUUCUCCACUAGACCCAAAACAGCUCAAAGCUCUCAAAAUCCUCACAGCAACCAAAGAUCCCUGCAACAACCACACCAACCACUCCUCAACCACCAUAACUUGCGACGACGCUUCUCCUUUCCGCCGCGUAACCUCUCUCUCCUUCGCAUCCUGCUCCUCCUCACUCUCCCUCCCCUCAAAAACCCUAAAACCUCUAUCCACCUCACUCCUCUCCCUCUCCUUCCUCAACUGCCCUUCUCUCUCCCCUCCAAAACACCUCCCGAUCUCCCUCCGCUCCUUCUCCGCUGUCUCCUCCUUCCACCGUCAUCACGGGCUCUCCGGCGUCUACCUCGCCCGCCUCGUCAACCUCACUCACCUCAGCAUCUUCUCAGUCCCAGUCUCAGCCUCUGGUCUCUACGUGGUCCUCGGAAACAUGCGUAACAUCACAUCCCUCACGAUCUCAUCCUCCAACCUCCCCGGAAAAAUCCCGAAAGCGUUUCACUCCAACCUCACUUACAUCGACCUAUCGAACAACAUACUCACAGGCCCACUAAGGCCUUCGAUCACUCUCCUCACAGACCUCAAGUCGUUAAACUUAUCUCGUAACUCCCUCUCCGGCGAGAUACCUAACAAGAUCGGAGACUUGACAUUGCUUAAAAACUUGUCAUUGGCUUCGAACAGAUUCUCAGGCCCAGUCCCAAGUUCGGUCUCAUCGCUUUCUCAGCUGACGCAUUUGGAUCUAUGCGGGAACCGGCUAAACGGCGUCGUUCCGAGCUUCUUCUCCGGGAUGAAGAGUCUCAGACACUUGAACCUCGCUGACAACUCCUUCCGUGGAGUUUUACCGUUUAACGAAAGCUUCAUUAAAAAUCUCGAGUUUUUCCAAGUUAGAGGGAACAGUGGUCUGUGCUAUAACAACACUGUUCUGUCUUGGAAACUGAAUCUUGGUAUUGCUCCGUGUGAUAAAUACGGUUUGCCGUUAUCAUCUCCGCCGCAGAAGCAGAAGGAGGAGGAGGAGGAGGAGGAGGAUGAUUACGACGACGACGACGAUGGAGAUGGAGAUGGAGAUAAGAAAGAAGAGAAACAUGGGUCUACUAACAAGGUUGUGCUUGGUGUCGCCAUUGCUCUUUCUUCGUUUGUCUUCUUCAUCGUCUUCCUCAUCCUUCUCGCUAAAUGGAGUCUUCUUUUGAAAUAGCCAGCAAAACCGGUACAGCUCCGGUUUUGGAUUCUUAUUUUGUAAUUUUUUUUUCCUUUUUUUCUUAUUUGUUGCUUUUGUAAUUGUUUUACAAUUCAGUAUGUGAAUGGGGAAGUUGUGAUUAUGUUUCUCUCAUUCCCACCAAAUUUUGAAUUGUGAUUUUAUGAUUUGAUGAGGUCUCAAGUGUAUAUUUUCGGUUGUUUGAACAAUUAGUAGUAAUGUUGUUCUCAUACAAAAUUUUGUUUUUACUGGUUACCUGUUAUUAAUAACAUUUGUCAAAAAUUGACUGACCAAGAAAUGAGUGGAGAAGACAAAAAAAAGUAAACAUGAAUGUGAGAAUUCAAUUAAUUAUUGCUAUUCACAUCAUUUCUUUACUACUUAUUAUUACACUUGCCAAAAUAUGGACUGCAAAUAAAUGAUUAGAGAAUACAGCAAAAGCUGUGAAAAUGGAGCGAAUUGAGUAUGUGAACCAAAAGUGGCUAUGAUUCUUUCAAUUUUUGCCUUUGAAGCUACGACACUAUCAUGACAAGCUUUGCUAAAGACUUCUCAGGUUGGUAUCUCUCUUUCUUUGUCAACCAAACUUUGAGGCUUAUUACAGCCUAAAGAUGCUUAAAGAGACAUCCUUGAAAAACUUCGACAAGAUCGAAGUAAUUGUUGAUUUUUCUGUGGGGAUUGUUCAGGAUAAAGUCAAAGGAGAUGGUUGUAAUGAAAACAAAAAAAUCAUAUCACCAAGGUUCUUUCGAAGAUUUUAUAGAUUCUACCACACACGUCACAAAAGGUUUUACUACAACAAAGAGGUCUUUAACAUCCAGAAAUCUUUAAAA